AUGGCCGUUGAAUCUCGCAGCCGCGUUACGAGCAAGCUCGUCAAGGCCCACCGCGCCAUGCUGAACAGCGUGACUCAGGAGGACCUCAAGGUGGACCGCCUCCCCGGUGCGGAUUACCCGAACCCGUCCAAAAAAUAUUCGUCGCGCACAGAGUUCCGUGACAAGACGGAUUACAUCAUGUACAACCCCCGCCCCAGGGAUGAACCCUCUUCGGAGAACCCUGUAUCGGUGAGCCCACUCCUUUGCGAACUUGCUGCUGCCCGCUCGCGCAUUCACUUCAACCCGACGGAGACCACCAUUGGUAUUGUCACGUGCGGUGGUAUUUGCCCCGGCCUCAACGACGUCAUCCGUUCCAUCACCCUUACCGGCAUCAACGUGUACAACGUAAAGCGCGUGAUUGGCUUCCGCUUCGGAUACUGGGGCCUUUCCAAGAAGGGCAGUCAGACGGCCAUUGAACUCCACCGCGGAAGAGUCACCAACAUCCACCACUAUGGCGGCACCAUCCUAGGCAGCAGCCGUGGUCCGCAGGACCCCAAGGAGAUGGUUGAUACUCUCGAGCGCCUCGGUGUCAACAUCCUCUUCACCGUCGGUGGUGACGGCACGCAGCGCGGUGCGCUCGUCAUCUCUCAAGAAGCCAAGCGCCGGGGUGUUGACAUCUCCGUUUUUGGUGUUCCCAAGACUAUUGACAACGACCUCAGCUUCUCUCACCGCACGUUCGGCUUCCAGACUGCUGUUGAGAAGGCUGUGCAGGCCAUCCGCGCGGCGUAUGCUGAGGCUGUCUCCGCCAACUAUGGUGUUGGCGUUGUGAAGCUCAUGGGUCGUGACAGCGGCUUCAUUGCCGCUCAGGCUGCAGUGGCCAGUGCGCAGGCGAAUAUCUGCCUUGUUCCUGAAAACCCCAUCUCCGAGCAGGAGGUGAUGUCCCUUCUGGAGCGCCGAUUCUGCCAUUCCCGUUCCUGCGUCAUCAUCGUCGCUGAGGGAUUCGGGCAAGACUGGGGCCGCGGCUCUGGUGGUUAUGACGCGUCUGGCAACAAGAAGCUGAUUGACAUCGGCGUUAUCCUCACGGAGAAAGUGAAGGCUUUCCUCAAGGCAAACAAGUCUCGCUACCCUGACUCGACAGUUAAAUACAUUGACCCCUCGUACAUGAUUCGUGCUUGCCCACCGUCGGCCAAUGACGCCCUCUUCUGCGCCACCCUUGCCACUCUUGCGGUACAUGAGGCAAUGGCUGGUGCCACGGGCUGCAUUAUUGCCAUGCGGCACAACAACUAUAUUCUUGUGCCCAUCAAGGUGGCCACUUCCGUCCGCCGUGUGCUCGACCUCCGCGGACAGCUGUGGCGUCAGGUGCGUGAAAUCACAGUGGAUCUGGGCAGCGACGUCCGCCUGGCUCGUAAAUUGGAGAUCCGCCGUGAACUGGAGGCAAUCAACAGGAAUCGCGACCGCCUCCACGAGGAACUGGCCAAGCUCUAA